AUGCGGAAUCUCAAGAACGUGCGUCUCCAAGAGACACGAGUUUUGGGGGACCUUCCAUUGACUGCCACUGCAUGGGACACUUCUUCGGAUUCUGUUGUAUGCACAUUUGGUCCUACCUUGGAGAAACCAGUCAUCGAACUCAGACGCAAGCGCCCCGAGGUCGUUUCUGCUGACCCACUGAGUCCCAGCGAUUUUGAAUGUAUUGCGUCUUGGGAUGCACCAUCCCCAUUGCCAGACCUACCAUGUGAUCGGGUGGAGAUAUCAUUAUUGUCCGCGAGGAACCCCUCCCCGGGAGAGGACAAAAUCGAAAUCCUGGGAUCAGUCGAUGUUGGAAUCACCGCCGCUGCGUGGUCUCCAGAUGAGGAGUUGUUGGCGAUCACAACAAGAUCUAGAACAUUCCUCUACAUGACCCGGGAAUUCGAGAAUGUGGCUGAGAUCACCUUUUCCCAAGCUGACAUGCAGGCGUCGCAGCACGUGUCUGUGGGUUGGGGUAAGAGAGAGACCCAGUUCCAGGGAAAGAGAGCAAAGGCUCUCCGCGAUCCCACUGUACCGGAGAAGGUCGAUGAAGGCAAGCUGAGCACCUACGAUGAUGUCAGUACGACGAUCAGCUGGCGGGGUGACGGUGCCUAUGUCGCCGUGAACACUAUUGAUGAAGGCACUCGCCGAGUGAUCAGGGUCUACUCUCGAGAAGGUACUCUAGAUAGUGUAAGUGAACCCGUUGAUGGCCUUGAAGGUGCUCUGAGCUGGAGACCGCUUGGAAACCUGAUUGCGGGAAUCCAGCGUCUGGAUGACAGAAUUGAUGUUGUGUUUUUCGAACGAAAUGGUCUUCGUCACGGUGAAUUUACUCUUCGUUUGACAGAACAAGAUCGUCAAACCUGGGCGUCACGCAUUCUCCUAUCGUGGAAUAUUGAUUCCACUGUGCUGGCGGUUCGAUUCACAGACCGAGUCCAACUCUGGACAAUGGGAAAUUAUCACUACUAUCUGAAGCAAGAGAUCCCAAUUGCGGUCGAACCAGAGUCAAUAGUCCCAUUCUCUUUCGAUUGGCAUCAAGAGAAACCAUUGCGAGUAGUUGCAGGAUCCUCAGGCUCUAUCCUUGACAUGGACUAUGUAUUUGACAUCCACCAUGGGUCUACUGUGAUCCCGGAGGACGUUGGUGCAGUUGCUGUCAUCGAUGGAAAGGUCCUGAAACUUACUCCGUUAAGACUGGCUGGUGUGCCACCUCCUAUGGCUCACAAUGAGUUACAGUUGGAUUCCAAUGUAGUGGAUGUGGCAUUCAGCAAGUCAGGUACACGUAUUGCAGUUCUGAUGGAAUCGAGAUUUUCUAUAUUCCUGUGGCCUCUCAAGAGUCGUCCCGUUCCCGUGCCAAUUCUUGAAUCCAGCUAUCCUCUACCCGAUGCACCUCAGAGCCGCCCAAGACAAAUCGCUUUCGUGAAUGACAAUGAGAUCUAUGUGCUGAAGGACUCUGGACCGAACCAGACUCAUAUCGAACAAACUAUGUUGGAGACCCGCGAGUCCCGCAUCAUCUACGAAGCAGCCGACUCUGAGCAGCUAUCAUCGAUUUUCGCUGGUAUUGGGCACCAAUCGCUGUGGUUCUCACACGCACGCCAGCCUGGCCAAGCUGUCACAUACUCGAGUGUUGAGAUGACCGAAAAUGAACUUGUUAUUGCUCCCUGGGCUGAGAGCCCCAGUGCUGACACUCACUGGGCUCGUGCUGUGUCUAUUUCGGAUACUGAGCGAAUUUUAAUUACCCUCUCUCGCACUGGUGGUUUAUAUGCCAACAAGCGAGUUCUUGCAAAGAACUGCACCUCCUUCUUGGCGACACCGGCUCAUCUUCUGUUCACCACAUCUCAGCAUUUGUUGAAAUUCGUUCAUUUGAACAAGGUGGAAGACAUGGAAGUUCCCGAAGAUACCCCGGAAACAGAUGAAAGAUGUCGAAGCAUUGAACGUGGAUCAAAGCUAGUGUCUGUGAUGCCGUCAGUCUUCGGUGUGGUCCUUCAGGCACCUCGAGGUAACAUCGAAACCAUCUACCCUCGCGCACUAGUAUUGGCCGGAAUUCGUACCUUCAUUGACCAAAAGAGAUACCGCGCUGCGUUCUUGGCUUGUCGUGGCCAAAUGGUCGAUUUGAAUAUCCUCCACGACUAUGCGCCCCAGCAAUUCAUGGAGAACAUUUCUCUUUUCAUUGACCAGGUCAAGAGGGUCGAUUUUAUCGAUGACUUCCUCUCUCGUCUCAGCGAGGAUGAUGUUUCACAAACAUUGUACAAAGACACCCUUAAGAUCUCUAAGAACGAGUCGGCCUUAGUAGCUCAGCCAGAUGCUCCGGUUGCAUCCAAGCCCUUGACUAAAGAUAGCAAGGUUAACACAAUCUGCAAUGGCUUCUUGGCCGUAUUACAGAGUCGCCUCGACACAAACUUGCAAAAUCUGAUCACUGCCCAUGUGUGCAAGUCCCCACCUGAUCUUGAGGCUGGCUUAAAGCUUGUUGCACGUCUAAGGACUGAAAGUCCAGAGCAAGCUGAUGAUGCCAUCGAGCACAUGUGUUUCUUGACUGAUGCCAACCGUCUCUAUUCUCAUGCGCUCGGACUUUACGACCUUGAACUCACUCUUCUGGUGGCUCAGCAGGCACAGAUGGAUCCCAGAGAGUACCUUCCGUUCCUCCGCAAGUUGCAGCAGUUGCCCGAGACUCGCCGUCAAUUUGAAAUCGAUAACCACCUUUCCCGAUUCGUCAAGGCUUUGGGUCAUCUUUUCUCCUUGAAUGCACACGAAGAGCUCUUUGGCUACGUUGCUAAGCAUGUGCUGUACAAAGAGGCCCUUGAGAUCUACAAAUACCACCCAGAGCAACAAAAAGAGAUCACCAGUCUUUAUGCCGACUAUCUCCAAGGCGAGUCCAAGCACAAAGACGCAGCAAUUGCCUACGAGUCACUUGCCGUGUAUGAUGAGGCCUAUAAGUGUUACCAUCUGGCUCAUAUGUGGCGUGAAUCUUUAUACUGUGCCAUGAUGGCCUCUUUAUCAGAGGAAGACUUGACGGAACAUAUCAACAAUCUUGCCUCAACUCUGGUUGAGGAUCGCGACUAUGUUGCAGCGGCAACUGUUCAUGCAGAGCACCUGCAUGAUGUCGUCACAGCUGCACGACUUCUGUGCCAGGGGUCAAAGUUUGCGGACGCAGCUCGCCUACUUACAUUGCACGGCAAACAAGACCAGGUUACAGAAAUUGUCGACUCCGGACUUGCGGAAGCAAUGGGUUCGAUGACUGAUCUACUUGCCGACUGUAAGGGUCAACUCAACGCCCAAGUGCCUCGAAUUCGCGAGCUGCGCCAGCUUCGUGCCGCAGACCCCUUGGCAUUCUUUGGAGGUGAUCCCACAGGCGGUGAGGGCGGUGUUGACAUCCCUGACAACGUAUCACUGGCUCCAACAGAAGCAACAACUCUCGCUGGUCGCACCAUGUUUACCCGAUACACCGGUAAGACCUCUUCUUCACGCCACACCUCGAAGACCCGCCGCCGCGAGGAACGUAAGCGAGCCAAGGGUAAGAAGGGUACUGUAUACGAGGAAGAAUAUUUGGUGAAUAGUGUCAGGCGACUCAUGGAGCGAGUCAAUUCAUCAGUUAAUGAUGUUGAGGUUCUUGUGGAUGCCCUUUUGCGGCGUAACAUGCGCGAACGCGCAGCUGCAAUUGAGAAAGCGUUGGAGGAUGUGUUGAAACUAUGUGCAGACUGCCGUGAGGACGUGUUUGAAAUCCCGGCUGCACCAGUGCAAAAUCCCGAUGAGGAUGGCGAAGAUCAAGAAAUGCAGGUUACUGCUGGAUCUCGUGUACUUGAGGAGAGUAUUGCGGCGAUUACAGGAAGUGCUGGCCGUAAAGAGCCGCCUGUUGUGAAGGCGAUGAAAAAGUCUUCUCUACUUGCUUAA